UCUCGCGGUCGCCAGCACCAGCUCACCUCCUUCUCUCAGUUGCCCAGCUUGCCAGGAAAAGAGCUGAUCCGGACGUUUGGUCUUUCCUCUGGUCUGGUUGACUGUGCCGGACCCCCCUUCCAGUCCCACCCACCGCUCUGCAACACAAACACACACACACGAGUCCUCAUUUUCUGGAUCUGCUCUUUGUUAUCAGAGCCUUUUCCUCCUCUGCUUUUAUUCCAGGAGAGAGAGAGUGAGAGAGAAAAAGAGAGGGAGAGAGGGUGAGUUUAUCUUCUCCUUUUAAAGGAUUGAUUUCAGACUGAAUCUGGAUCUGGUUUGUUUUCCUUGCUCGGGGCUGCCGCCGCCGCCACUGCAGGACCAGCGCUGAUACCCCUACUGAUGUAUUUAAAACCGGUUUAAACGUCGGGAACGGUUCAAGGGCCCCCCCCCCCGCGCGCUUCACAACCACCACCAGCACCACCCGGCCUGUCAGUCAUUUUUUUUUCACCACUGCAGUUUUCAAGUUGGAGCUCUGCUGGGAAAUGGACAAACCCCUCUAAACUAAAGACGCUUCCCAGCCCUACCGACUCAGCCACAGGACGUGAUUUGGACGAAGAUCCGCCGAGUGGAGGGCUUUGUGUUUGCUGGUGAAAAGAAUCAGCUGUGUGGACGGCACCUGUGCAGAGUGAAGGAGAAACAGAGUGGAACCAGCAGAACAUGUUUACUCCGCUGUUUCCAUAGUUACUGAGAGGAGCAUGCACGUCCAGGCCCGGCGUUAACGUCAGCGUUUGUCUCCUUCGCCUGCCUUAUAUAAGAACUACACUACCCACAAUACCUGUGACCGAUAACAUAGCCAACGCUUAGGUCGCUACAAACAAAGACACUCAGAGGAACGGCACCGCUGUAAGAGGACCACCAUGGCGAACAACCCUGCAGAGCAUCCUCCGGGGAAUUCGGUUGCUGAGGGCAACCAUGAAGGGGACUUUGGGGUGACCAUGAUGGACCUGAGGACCCUGAUGGAGCUGCGGAGCACAGAGGCCGUCAACAAGAUACGGGACACUUACGGAGACGUGCAGGGCAUCUGCUGCCGCCUGAAAACAUCACCUAUAGAAGGUCUGUCUGGUAACCCUGUCGAUUUGGAGAAACGUCACACGGCAUUUGGAAAGAACUUUAUCCCCCCAAAGAAGGCCAAGACGUUCCUGCAGCUGGUGUGGGAAGCUCUGCAGGAUGUCACGCUCAUUAUUCUGGAAAUUGCUGCAAUCAUCUCACUGGGCCUGUCCUUCUACCAUCCACCAGGGGGUGACAGUGAAGCAUGCGGCGCAUCUUCAAGUGGCGCCGAGGACGAGGGCGAGGCCCAGGCUGGCUGGAUUGAAGGUGCUGCCAUCUUGUUCUCAGUCAUCAUCGUGGUCCUGGUGACGGCCUUCAACGAUUGGUCCAAGGAGAAGCAGUUCCGCGGGCUGCAGAGUCGCAUCGAGCAAGAACAAAAGUUCACAGUCAUCCGCAAAGGUCAGGUCAUCCAGAUCCCCGUGGCCGAGAUCGUGGUUGGAGACAUCGCGCAGAUCAAAUACGGAGACCUGCUGCCAGCCGAUGGUAUCCUGAUCCAAGGCAACGACCUGAAGAUUGACGAGAGCUCUCUGACCGGAGAAUCCGACCAGGUUCGCAAGUCAAUGGAGAAGGACCCUAUGCUGCUGUCCGGGACCCAUGUGAUGGAGGGAUCAGGCAGGAUGGUGGUGUCAGCUGUCGGCCUCAACUCUCAAACAGGCAUCAUCUUUACUCUGCUGGGCGCCGGCGAGAACGACGAAGAGAAGAAGGUCAAGAAAAGUAAAAAACAAGGACCCCCCGAAAAUCGCAACAAAGCCAAGACCCAAGAUGGCAUCGCUCUGGAGAUCCAGCCUUUGAAGAGUGAAGAGGCUGCUGAGUCUGAGGAGAAGGAGGAAGUCAAACCAGUGAAGAAGGUCAACGUUACCAAGAAGGAGAAGUCUGUGCUUCAGGGGAAACUGACCAGACUGGCUGUACAGAUUGGGAAGGCCGGUCUGAUCAUGUCGGCUGUGACAGUCAUCAUCCUCAUCCUCUACUUUGUGAUUGACACCUUCGGGGUCCAGGGUCGGAGCUGGCUGGCCGAGUGCACCCCCAUUUACAUUCAGUAUUUUGUCAAGUUCUUCAUCAUCGGUGUGACAGUGCUGGUCGUUGCUGUUCCCGAGGGGCUGCCACUCGCUGUCACCAUUUCUCUGGCCUACUCUGUCAAGAAAAUGAUGAAAGACAACAACCUGGUGCGUCACCUGGACGCCUGUGAGACCAUGGGCAACGCCACGGCUAUCUGCUCAGACAAGACAGGUACUUUGACUAUGAACCGCAUGACAGUGGUGCAGGCGUACAUCGGCGACACACACUACAAGACGGUCCCCGAACCCGAUGCUAUCAAGCCAGACACUUUGGAAAUUAUGGUCAACAGCAUCUCCAUCAACUCGGCAUAUACCACCAAGAUCCUGCCUCCAGAGAAAGAAGGCGGCUUACCUCGCCACGUGGGCAACAAGACCGAAUGCGCUCUGCUGGGCCUGGUGCUGGAACUGAAGAGGGACUACCAGCCAAUCAGAGAUGAAGUCCCUGAAGAGAAGCUUUACAAGGUUUACACCUUCAACUCCUCCCGCAAAUCCAUGAGCACGGUGCUGAAGAACCCUGACGGAGGCUUCCGCAUGUACAGCAAAGGAGCAUCAGAGAUCGUCCUGAGGAAAUGCUCUCGUAUCUUGGACGCUCAGGGCCAGCCUCGUGCCUUCAAGCCCAAGGACCGUGAUGAGAUGGUGCGAAAGGUGAUUGAGCCGAUGGCGUGUGAUGGGCUGAGGACCAUCUGUGUGGCCUACAGGGACUUUCCUGCUGAGGCUGGAGAGCCGGACUGGGACAAUGAGAAUGACAUUCUCAAUGAACUGAUCUGCAUCGCCGUGGUGGGCAUCGAGGACCCCGUCAGACCUGAGGUACCUGAGGCCAUUGCUAAGUGCCAGCGUGCAGGCAUCACCGUCCGCAUGGUUACCGGAGACAACAUCAACACUGCUCGCGCCAUCGCAACCAAGUGUGGCAUCCUGCUGCCUGGGGAGGACUUCCUGUCUCUGGAGGGCAAAGAGUUCAACCAACAAAUCAGAAAUGACAAGGGAGAGGUGGAACAGGAGCGUCUGGAUAAAGUCUGGCCCAAACUGCGUGUUCUGGCUCGAUCGUCACCCACAGACAAACACACUCUGGUCAAAGGCAUCAUCGACAGCACGGUGGGCGAAACCCGACAGGUGGUGGCGGUGACAGGAGACGGUACCAAUGACGGCCCCGCCCUCAAGAAAGCUGAUGUUGGCUUUGCUAUGGGAAUCGCCGGCACAGAUGUGGCCAAAGAGGCGUCCGACAUCAUCCUGACUGACGACAACUUCACCAGUAUUGUCAAGGCCGUCAUGUGGGGGAGGAACGUCUACGACAGCAUCUCCAAGUUCCUGCAGUUCCAGCUGACCGUCAACGUGGUGGCCGUGAUUGUGGCGUUCACAGGCGCCUGCAUCACGCAGGACUCUCCUCUGAAAGCUGUCCAGAUGCUCUGGGUUAACCUCAUCAUGGACACUCUGGCAUCUCUUGCUCUCGCCACGGAACCGCCCACUGAGUCUCUGCUGCUACGUAAACCCUACGGUCGUAACAAGCCCCUCAUCUCCAGGACCAUGAUGAAGAACAUACUUGGCCAUGCUGUGUACCAGCUCAUCAUCAUUUUUACCCUGCUCUUCGCUGGUGAGAAGUUUUUUGACAUCGACAGUGGCCGCAACGCUCCCUUGCACGCCCCACCAUCAGAGCACUACACCAUCGUGUUCAAUGUGUUCGUCAUGAUGCAGCUCUUCAAUGAAAUCAAUGCCAGGAAGAUCCACGGCGAGAGGAACGUGUUCGAAGGUGUCUACAGGAACCCCAUCUUCUGCAGUGUUGUUCUGGGGACCUUCGCCCUGCAGAUCAUCAUCGUUCAGUUCGGAGGGAAGCCGUUCUCCUGCACAGCUCUGACCAUCGACCAGUGGUUGUGGUGCAUUUUCAUCGGCGUGGGAGAGCUGCUGUGGGGACAGCUGAUCACGGCCAUCCCGACACACCACCUGAAGUUCCUGAAGGAGGCCGGUCACGGUAUCACAAAGGAGGAGAUUCCCGAGGAGGAGCUGAACGAGGGCACGGAUGAGAUCGACCACGCCGAGAUGGAGCUGAGGAGAGGCCAGAUUCUCUGGUUCAGAGGUCUGAACCGCAUCCAGACUCAGAUGGAUGUGGUCUAUACCUUCCAGACGAGCCAGGCGGCAGUGCCUGGUGCCCUGCGCCGCCAGCCGUCCGUCGUCAGCCAGCACAAUGACAUUAAGGUGGUGAACGCGUUCCGUAGCUCCCUGUAUGCGGGGCUGGAGAGCCCAGAGUCCCGUAGCUCCAUCCACAGCUUCAUGGCCCAUCCUGAGUUCGUGCCCCUGUCCGAGGAGGAGGAGGCCCGCAUCCCCCCCAUCAAAGAAACUGGAGACGAGAUCGACCCCCUCCCCAGCUCCUCAUCAGGGGCCCGGGGAGGAGGAGAGCCGCCCAGCGCCUUCCCCCGCAGCCGCGAUUCAUCCAUCUGAGCUCCUCCUCCCUUCUCUUCAUCAGCUUCAUCUGUCACCCCACCAACCGAACUGUCACACCGAGGAGGGAAGUCAUGACUCAUUCUGCACGCACACAUGCUUCACAUCGUCUCCACCCCCUCCCUUGGUCAUUCCUGCCAAGUUCUGUUUUUCAUACUGACUGUGGCGUUGUUCUGCCUGUAAGUCUGUUGGAGUCUCCGCAGUGGAAGUCCCAGUCCAUUCAUUUUUUUUUUCUUUUCUUCUUAAUUUUUUUUUUUUUUUUACUUGACAUUCUUUUUGAAAAGCAUUUAAACUUUAUUGGGUUUGAUCCUUGCAGGACUCGCAGCAGCAUGUUGUGUUCUGUACGCGCUUCAUUCCUGCGUUCUCAAAAAAAAAAAAAUGGCACCGAACUUUUCAAAGAGUGCAACGAAUCUGAUGUACAUACGCUUCCGCUCUUCUACACAGCUAUAAACCGGGUCUGAUGGUCAGAAGAUUUUUAGGCAAAUGCAAAAAUGUAACCUUUAUUAUUAUUGUUUGUUUGUUUGUUUGAUUGUUUUGGGGUUUUUUUUAGACAUUGAUCAUUUAAUUUCUGAAACUUUUCAACGAAUGUCAGUUGAUGGUUGAUUCGGACUCCUGAGAAUGUCUUGUGAGUGUGACACUACAGCUUUCAAGGUUAAAAUGAUGUUUAUCCCUUUAUCGUGUCUGUAUGUGUUGCUUUUUCUUUAGCUGCUGUGUUGCAUGUGGAAGGACAGAAUGUUUACUACCCAAAAAUACCGAAGACGGCAGCAUCGGGAGGGGGGGGCUCGCUUUCUGCUCAGUGGGGGGUCUGACCUCAUCUCAUCCAGCCAGGGUUCUGGUUCUCUCUGCCCCUCCCCCAGUUUGUCCCCUGUGAGGAUAGGAAACGGGAGUGUGUUUCAUGCUCUCCCUCUCUAGUAGGAUGCAUGUUUUUGUUUAAUUCGUGUUGAGUCGCAUGAUAACUUAGAGUAGGAAUGAAUACUUGGGAUUCUGUCAACAACUAUGUGCGUCUGCAGCAGCGUCUGUUCAGAGCUCCAUGAGCUUCCUGUCUGUAGGACUGAACCUCCUGUUACCACAGCAGCCUCAUCGAUACUCGCCCAACACAGAGGAAACCAUCGGGGUGUUUAAAACAAUCGAUACCCUGGUGUUCCCGUACAUUUCGAGUACAGUCGAAGCUCGUGUGUGUGUGUGUGUGUGUGUGUGUGUGUGUGUGUGUGUGUGUGUGUGCGCUCAUUGCAAACGUAGCCCAGCCGACAUGUUGGGGUAAUGCAGAGUUGCAAGGGCCAAAAACCCAGUGUGUGUCUCGGUGUUGUCACAACGCAGGUAGUGCCGGUAAAAUGAGGUCACAACACACACCGAAAGCCUCGAGGGCCAACAACAAACAAACAAAAGCUGGAGCCUGUUUUUUUCCCCACUGCUCCCCUCCCACAGUGUCACUCGCCCGCCACGCGGCUGUGACCGGCCCGCUCCAAUCUCACGUCACCAACUGUGCACAGAGCUGCUUUCAGCUAGAAGAGGUUGGACAUAAACAAAACAGUAAUAAAUAGAUGAAGACAGACUAAAAUAAGGGUAAAUGUUCUUGUGCAUUCUCAUCCUUUGUCUUGUAAUGCUCUCCUCUGGACACCGAGGCCAGAGGAGAGGACACUUUAUAACCCAGGUUCAAACACCGGGCACGGGGACGUAACCCUCUGCUGACCAAAUUUAUAUCACUCCCAAACAGACGUUCACAUACCAGCAUGUAAAGAACGUAACGCUGGUUUGUGUCUCCUCACUGGCUGCACUCUGACAGGCUCAAAUUAGAUAAGACCCUUAGAUAAGGUACAGUAUUUAAGAUCUUAUUGAGACAUCUGCCCAUUUCAUGAAGAUUGUCUCCAUCAGAGUGGUGGGACUGUUGGCCCGCAGUGUGUCCUGGGGUUUUUUUGUUUGUUUGUUUUUACCAAAUUAAAUUAACAAAGACGAAUGAAGGUUUGCCAGAAAGCAUUUCAAGCUCACAUCAUAUCGGUGUCACUCACAUUUUUGCAGUCUCACUGUGCCGCUGGUAAAAGUUUUAUCCAAAAAAAAAAAAAAAAGUUGAGUUUCGACACGUAUUAAAACGACUGCACCGUUGAUGAGUCUGUUUUGGGGUCACAGGCAGGAAGUAAAUGGAGCUUUAAACGGGGUCCGGACCGUCUGCCUGUGUUUAAGACAAAUCUUAGCUCCUUUCUAUGAACAGAAACUUAAUCAGCUGUCAGUGACAUCACACAGCCAGCAGCGGAGAAGACGCUCAGUCAUCGCUCUCUGCUCUGCCGUGUCUGAUUGACAGGCGUCAGUGUGUCGGCCACACUGAGGUUUACGGGAGACUGACGAUGUCACCAGUCAGCCCAUAGAGUUAAAUCCACUGUGUUCCCGCUGCCGCUUAGUACUUCCUGCUCGUCUGCAGAUUACUGUCUUAAAAGAAGAAGGACUCAUCCUCCAAUCAGAAGCAGCGGUGUGUCUAAUCCCCUCUUAGUCUGACUAGCAGCCAUCAACCUAUCUAUGAACUAGGACACGUUAUUGAAGUAAUGUGCUACUACUGCCAUAUUUCCAACUUUUGUCAUGGCUAGGUUCUUCCUCUUCCCCCUCUGAUGAGCUUUUUCUAUGUAACUCAGAGCCAUAUUUUAUAGGUUGUCUGUAUUGUUUUUUUUUGUUUUUUUUUUUAAUCUCAUUGUUGUCGAGGUUUCCUUUGGACUUUCUCACCCCUGACCCUUUCUAAACCCCCUACCCUACCCUACCCCCAUCCCCCGGCCCUUUUACUUCAAACGCGACCAAAAAAAAAAAAAA